AAGCUCACUUUGGAACUGUCGACAGCAGAUUCAUAUAAAGAUGGCAGCAGUAACAAGUAGAGGAAUUCCUUUAAGCUCGAUCUGUCCACGGUUCCUGCACACAAACUCCACUAGCCACACCUGGCCCUUCAGUGCUAUAGCAGAACUGAUCGACAAUGCUUAUGACCCAGAUGUCAGUGCAAAACAACUCUGGAUUGAUAAAUCAGUGAUCAAAGACCAGGACUGCCUCAUCUUCAUGGAUAGUGGAAAUGGCAUGGACUAUGACAAGAUGCACAAAAUGCUCAGUUUUGGCUUCAAUGAUAAGCAGACAAUAAGAGGCCAUGUUCCGGUGGGUCUUUAUGGUAACGGUUUUAAGUCAGGCUCCAUGCGCUUGGGGAAGGAUGCCAUCAUGUUCUCAAAGAAAGACGACACCAUGUGUGUGGGUCUCCUGUCACAGACUUACCUCGAGAAUACAGGAGCACAGAAUGUCAUAGUGCCUAUUGUCAUGUUCACCAACACCGGACAGACUGUCAGUGUUUCACCGGAGCAUGCAGAAGAGAGUCUUCAUGAUAUCCUGACACAUUCUCUGUUUAACACCAAGGAAGAACUGCUGUCUGAGUUCAGUGUCAUUGACGGAUUGUGCACCAACUCAAGUGGAACCCGCAUCAUCAUCUGGAACCUACGCAGAACACCUUCAGGAGAAUUAGAAUUUGAUUUCACGAAGAACCCUUAUGACAUCCGGAUCCCUGUUGAUGUGUACGGGAGAACCGGGGAGAUAAACAAGCGGCAGGCAGCAGGUGGCGUGUCAGUGCCUGAGAGUGAAUAUUCACUGCGGGCAUACUGUAGUAUCCUGUACAGGAAGCCAAGAAUGCAGAUUAUCAUUCAAGGGAAGAAGGUGGAAACACUGUUGGUCACUAAAACUUUAGCAAACUUGAAGCGGUGCAAGUACAAACCUGAUUCUGUUAAAAAGGCAAUACGAAUCAAAUUUGGCUACAACACCAAGAGCAAAGAGCACGAUGGAUUGAUGAUGUACCACAACAACCGUCUCAUCAAAGCCUAUGAGCGUGUCGACUGUCAGCGCAAGGCUGACGGAAGAGCAGUGGGAGUUAUCGGGGUAAUUGAGUGUAACUACCUCACACCAAGACGCAACAAGCAGGACUUUGAUGAUACUGAAGACUACAGGAAAACCUUAAAGAAUGCAGGUAAUAAGCUCGAGGAAUAUUGGAAGCAACAGGUAUAUGCACCCGAGCUUAAACCUAACUGCACUGAGGAUACUGUGAAGCGACCAGAUCAAAGCUGGGUUCAGUGUGAUAAUUGUCUGACGUGGCGAAAACUUCCAGAUGGCAUUGAUCCUAAAAAGCUCCCUGAGAAGUGGUUCUGCCACAUGAACUCUGACCCUCAAUUCAGGAGUUGUACAGAUGAAGAAGCGCCUGAGGAUUCUGAUGAUGAACAACCCAGAAACCAGAAAACCUACAAACAACAUGAGCGAAACCAGAAGUUGCAGCAGGAGAACUGGAAGCAGAGCCCUUCUACACCCUGCCACCCAACACACAGUUCUGCUCAUAUUUCCUCUCCUCUCACACAUGCAGGCUCCAGGCCUUCAGUUGACACUCAGCAGACUUUUCUCCCUAUUACUGCUGUCAUCAUAAGGAAUAAGAGAGCCCUGGGCCAGAGUCAAGAGAACACGGAGAAGAAGAAAGCUAGAAAAAACAUUUCUGAUAACAACGUACUUGAUAGUCCGUCAACAUCCUCAGCCUCACCUGACACUGUUUGUUCAUCUUCCAUGUGCAGCUCUGGUAAUGAUGCUAAUAAAGGAGAAUGGAUAAAAACUGAAACAGCACCAGUGGAUAAUGGUGAUGAUGUGAUUGACAAGAGCAUGGUGAACAAGGAGCAAAGGAAUCAGUUCACACAGAACAGCUCUGAGGACCAGCAGAACUUCAAAGUGCUGUACCUGCAGGCCAAAGAGGAGACAAAGCAGCUCCAACAUAAGCUCGGAGAGUUAGAAAAAGCAGCAGAAGAGCUGAAGGAAAAGGUGGACAGUCUAGAAAAGGAGAAGUGCACUUUGUUAACUUACUGUGAGAGUCUAGAGAAAGAUUUAGAAGAAGAAAGUGCAACAUCAACAGAAACCUCCAACUCAGGAAGAGGAAGAGACUUACAGUUUUGGACAGAGCAGCAUGAGACACAUGACAAGCAAGGGAGUGGAGAAGAAAACAAUAGCUUGCAGUUAUGCAGGGAGCAGCCAGAUCAAAACUGGAUUCAAUGUGAUGAUUGUCUGAAAUGGCGAAAACUUCCCGAUUGCGUUGAUGCUAAAAAGCUCCCUAAAAAGUGGUUCUGCCGCAUGAACCCUGAUCCCAAAUUCAGGAGUUGUACAGUUGAAGAAGAGCCUGAGGAUUAUGAUGAUGAACUCAGAUACCAGAAAACCUACAAACAGCAUGAGAUGAAUCAGUUGUUAACUCAGGUGAAGGAUGAGGAGAAAGGACAGCAGAGCCCUUCUACACCCUGCCACCCAACACACAGUUAUGCUCCUUUUUCCUCUCCUCUCACACAUGCAGCCUCAGAUUAAGACUACUCAGACAAACAGUGGGGCGUCUCCUGGUCACCUUCGUUCCUGCACUGGACCUUCAGCAAGUGAACUACGAUUGUGAUGUCAUUGAUGAGAUUCUCACUCAGGUUGUCGAUGAGAUUAAUUUAUUAUUAUUUAUUUAUUUGUUGUUUUGAAUUUUUCUUGAUUAGACAUUAGUGUUUGGGUAACCAGAAAAACUGAGUGCGGUUUAGGGAGCUACAUAUGUUUUGUUUUUUUUCUUGUAUCAAAAAUUAAACACUUUAUAUAUUUUUAUAUCUGUUAUAUAAUAAUGGUUAUAGGCUGGUUUAGGUCGAAUUAAUUUACUUUAUUUUUAUUUAACUUUAUUACAU